AUGUCUGCCUCAUCUUCCCCCACUUUCGGAAUUGGAUUUGGCGGAAUAUAUUCAUACGGCCCCUCUCGGAAUGCGAUUGAGCGGGUUGGAGUGCAGUUGGGUAGCAGUGCUCUCGCAAUAUUUUCCCAGCCUGCCACCCCUGAAGCCUCAAUCACCAAUCCUCCGACGCUACCUCCAGAAUCUGAAGUCUCCAGUCCUAUAGAUUUCAAUCUCUUAAUGGAGGGAAUCUCGGCAUCUCAAGCCAGCGCCUACUACGGCCAGAGCGUCGCACACUGUGGCCCAAGAGGCGCAGCUGACCCGUGUUUUGAGCGGGAGACGUUCUGCCUCAACACUCCGCAUGCCUGCAUCACGGUUGCCAUAAGGCUCCUCCGGAAUAUUGGGAACGCGAAGAAUGCCACGGGCCCUCAUUGCAUCCACCAUGAAGCCUUCCGUACCAGCUCUCACCUGCCCCUCCCGAUCGGCAACAUCUUUGCCGCUCAAUACGACGCAAUCGGCAAGAUAAUGAGCAUUCUGAGAUGCCCAUGCUCUGCUCUUCCGAGUAUCCGGAUCCUUCUUGCCACAAUCUGCGACAGGAUCGUUACCGAAAUCUCGAUGAUCCUAGGAUGCGCAAAUGUUGACCAAAUCAAGCUGCAGCCUGUCCGCGUCGGUGUGUUCUCUUCCGAAGGGCCCCUUUCUCAUCGUGUCUGCGCCUCUAUUUUUCUUGAGAACCUUCAAGCACUACAGUCCCAUAUGGACAGGUUAUUAGGCCAUCCAAAGUCGGAGCAGGUGGUACUAUAUGAAACUCUACCUGUCGGAAUGAAUGCCGCUGUUGGGCAGUAUGUUGACGCUAUUGUGUGUGAGAAGCUUCGGAUGGCGAUUGAGCAAACAAGGCGAUUUUUCUUACUUUGA